CUUAAAACUUUCGUAACUGCAGCAAUUCAUAUUCUUGGUUCUUUCGGUGAAGUCACGGAGAUAGAAAAUUUAUAAAAAAUAACAGAUAAUAAAAUGAAUAAAAGUAAACAAAAUUGUAAAUAAAACCACGACGUUUCUAUCACAACACAAGUGGCAUUUAUUUUAUGUUAUCUGUUGUUAUUGUCUAUCUACGUAACUUUACCGAAAGAACCAAGAAUACGUGUGGAAAUGGGUAUCGGUCAAAGACGCUAAUCACGUACUGAUGUUGACUCUAAAUGUGGAGAGGAAACCCGGGAGAUUCGGAGGAAAAUCCACGCGACCACGGAGAGAGAGACACGCAAACUCCAAAUAUACAGCAGCAGCAGCAGGCGUCAGGGUCGGGAUCGAACCCACGACUUCCUGUAUACCAGGCGAGCUGUCGCUUGGUCUGAUGGAGCAAAGGCGCUCAGCACAGCUCAGUACGGCAAGGCAACAAUGCGACCGGCGUGGAUACAGCACGGAGCGGACUGGAAAUUUGACACAGCACCAGAGAGCUCACGCAGGAGAGAAACCCUUCAAGUGCAGUGUGUGUGGGAAGGCAUUUUCACGGUCAUAUUAUCUUAAAAGACACCAGAGAGCACACACGGGAGAGAAACCCUUCAAGUGUAGUGUGUGUGGGGUGGCAUUUUCACAGUCAAAUAAUCUUAAAAGACACCAGAGAACACACAUAGGAGAGAAACCUUUCAAGUGUACUCUGUGCAGGAAGGCAUUUGCACAGUCAUCUUCUCUUAAAAAACACCAGAGAAUACACACGGGAGAGAAACCCUUCAAGUGCAUUGUGUGUGGGAAGGCACUUUCACGGUCAUCUGUUCUUAAAAGACACCAGAGAACACACACAGGAGAGAAACCUUUCAAGUGUACUCUGUGCGGGAAGGCGUUUUCUUUUUUACAUCAUCUCGUAAGACACCAGAGAACACACACGGGAGAGAAACCCUUCAAGUGCAGUGUGUGUGGGAAGGCAUUUGCACAUUCAUCUACUCUUGUAACACACCAAAGAACACACACGGGAGAGAAACCCUUCAAGUGCACUGUGUGUGGGAAGGCAUUUUCACAGUCAUCUUCUCUUAUAAAACACCAGAGAACACACACGGGAGAGAAACCCUUCAAGUGCACUGUGUGUGGGAAGGCACUUUCACGGUCAUCAGAUCUUAAAAGACACCAGAGAACACACACGGGAGAGAAACCCUUCAAGUGCAUUCUGUGCAGGAAGGCGUUUUCAGAUUCUUCCAAUCUUCAAAUCCACCAGAGAACACACACAGGAGAGAAACCCUUCAAGUGCAGUGUGUGUGGGAAGGCGUUUUCACGGUCAUUUGCUAUUAAAACACACAAGAGAACACACACGGGAGAGAAACCCUUCAAGUGCAGUGUGUGUGGGAAGGCGUUUGCACAAUCACCACAUCUUCAAGCACACCAGAGAACACACACGGGAGAGAAACCCUUCAAGUGCAGUGUGUGUGGGAAGGCAUUUUCACAGUCAUCUUCUCUUAUAAAACACCAGAGAACACACACGGGAGAGAAACCCUUCAAGUGCACUGUGUGUGGGAAGGCAUUUUCACGGUCAUCUUCUCUUAAAAAACACCAGAGAACACACACGGGAGAGAAACCCUUCAAGUGCAGUGUGUGUGGGAAGGCAUUUACACAGUCAUCAAAUCUUAAAAAACACCAGAGAACACACACGGGAGAGAAACCCUUCAAGUGCAGUGUGUGUGGGAAGGCGUUUUCACGGUCAUUUGCUAUUAAAACACACAAGAGAACACACACGGGAGAGAAACCCUUCAAGUGCAGUGUGUGUGGGAAGGCGUUUUCACGGUCAUUUGCUAUUAAAACACACAAGAGAACACACACGGGAGAGAAACCCUUCAAGUGCAGUGUGUGUGGGAAGGCAUUUUCACAGCCAUCUUCUCUGAUAAAACACCAGAGAACACACACGGGAGAGAAACCCUUCAAGUGCAUUCCGUGCGGGAAGGCGUUUACACAGUCAGAACAUCUUCAAGUCCACCAGAGAACACAGACGCAUCAGAAUAUCCACAAGGAGUGGAGUCUGAAAUCAGCUUGUGAAAGUCAAAGUGCCGCAAUGAGCCCAUCCCUCGUGAAACAAGAACCGGAAGAAAAUCCCAGCUUGGACACUUUUAAAGGUAAUGAGGUGAAAUAUGAAGAGGUGAAGGUGAAAUAUGAAGAGGUGAAGGUGAAGAGCGAAGAAGUGAUGGUAAAAUGUGAAGAUGAAGAUUCAACUCCAGAAUGGGACCUUCACAUCGAUGGAGGCAACGUGAAGCAGGAGGAGAAUUCUGACUGAGGCAGAGUGAGGCAACUCCAAGCAUCUUC